ACCAGCGGGAAGGAUGACGGCCAACAGUGGCAUAAGUCCUCACCAGUGUGUCUUGAAGAUAACUUGGGAAUCUCUCAUCCAAAUGAUUUUAUCAAGGAAGAUCCUGAACUAAAUUUGGAGGUGUGUAAAACUGAGAAUGCAGCACCUGCAUUUGUGUGUAAGUCAUGUGGUGAGGUAUUUCCCACUGAUGACUGCUUGAAAGAACAUUUGAGAAUGAGGGAGGGUGACCAAGCAUUAUCUGCUACCAACAGUGAGAAACUUGAAUGCAGUGAUCAUGAAAACAAUAUCUCCUUCGAGUGUGUACAAGAAGGAAUUGUGGAACAGAUUGAGGAGCACCCUUCGUGCAAGAGUCCACACAAAUGCGAUGUCUGUGGAAAAUCAUUUACUCGGUUGGGCCAUCUCAAGAACCAUGAAUUAAUACACACUGGACAGAGACAACACAAAUGCGAUGUCUGUGGAAAAUCAUUUACUCGGAAGUCACUGGAUGUUGCAACCGUGCAGGAGACGCAUUGCAUCGCAGUGCCGGUUGUGGCGCGCCUGGCACAGAGCAGCAGGAGUCACGGACCGCCGCCGCCUGCAGAGGGAGACCAGCAGCCCACAGACGAGGAGGGUCGCGGCGGCGCCCUGGCGGUGGUUCGCAGCAUCACCGGGACCUCUGGCAGGGAACUCAGCGGUGGUCUCGCGUGCCUCGUCGCUGCCGACUGCACCAACCCCUGCUCCGUGCACGGUACAUACACCACUGAAGGCUGCAACCACUGA